UGGGCGGGGCUUGACGCUGCCGAUUCACGGUAAAGGAGAGAGAUAGAGAGGGAGAAAGAGAGAGAGAGAGAGAGACUGAAAGAGAGACUGAAAGAGCAGCACAGUUGGCUGAAUUUUAGGAAAUGCUUCUUCUCUACGGUAAAGUUAACAGAUGCCAUCCACGAAAAUCAGAAGACUUUCCUGACAUAUAAAUGUGUUUCCCCACAGUGAAACCCUAACUCUUUGCUGGCAGGAUGUCCUCCAUAGAUCCCUAUCAGUACAUUGUAGUUCAACAUCAAUAUUCUCACAGGUUCAGAGUGACUGUGGUGAGAGCGGAAAAUGUAACGAAAGGCGCGCUUGGGGACUUGUUGGACACGCCAGACCCCUAUGUAGAGCUUUCAAUCCCAAAUGCUCCUGAAUCGAGAAAAAGAACACGUCACAUAGACAAUGACAUCCAUCCAAAGUGGAACGAAACCUUUGAGUUUCUUCUGGACCCCCAACAGGAGAAUGUGCUGGAGAUAACUUUAAUGGAUGCCAACUAUGUCAUGGAUGAGACUCUGGGCACAGCUACAUAUGCAGUUAACGACAUGAAAGUAGGACAGAUAGAGAUGGUGACUCUGUCUAUUGGAAAGACUACAAAAGUGCAUCUGGAGAUGUCAUUAGAAGUCUGUUCCUCCACUGAUCUGCGCUUCAGUAUGGCCCUGUGUGACCAGGAGAAGAUGUUCAGGGAGAUGCGUAGGGACAGAGUAAUGUUAGGUAUCAAAAAAUUCCUUGACAUGGAAAACCCACGCUUCCUGCCCACCUCGAAGAACGAGGUUCCCACCAUCGCAAUAGUGGGAUCAGGAGGGGGUUUCCGAGCCAUGGUGGGCUUCUCUGGGGUGAUGAAGGCUCUGUACGAGUCUGGCGUGCUGGACUGUGCUACUUAUGUUGCAGGACUUUCUGGAUCAACAUGGUACAUGUCCUCACUAUACUCACACCCCGAGUUUCCUGAGAAAGGCCCCCGAGACAUCAAUCAGGAGCUGAUGAAGAGUGUGAGCAGCAGUCCACUCAAGCUGCUGAUGCCACAGCACAUCAAACGCUACAUUAAAGCUCUGUGGAAGAAGAAAGCAAGCGGCCAGCCUGUCACUUUUACCGACAUCUUUGGCAUGCUCAUCGGAGAAACGCUUAUCCCGGGGCGGAUGGACAUGUCACUGAGCUCCUUGCAGGACAAGGUGAAUCUUGGUCAAUCUCCUUUGCCUUUGUUCACCUGCCUGCAUGUCAAACCCAAUGUCUCUGAGCUCAUGUUUGCUGACUGGGUGGAGUUUAGCCCUUAUGAGAUUGGCAUGGCAAAAUAUGGCACCUUCAUGGCCCCGGAGUUCUUUGGCAGCAAGUUCUUCAUGGGCAGCGUUGUGAAAAAGUGUGAGGAGAACCCACUACAUUUCCUAAUGGGUGUGUGGGGAAGCGCUUUCUCCAUCCUGUUUAAUCGAGUCAUUGGAGUGAAGGAGACUACUGGCUGCAGCAGCACUAUGGAGGAGGAGCUUGAGCAAAUUAAACCAGAGCACAUACUUGGAAAUGACACAACAGAUAACGAUGAGGAAUUGCGCAGGAUUUCAUCUUCCUCUACCUGUCUCUCAGUGGGUACAGAGUCUUCAGAGGCGGAGGAAGAGCGGCAGCGUAAUGCUCAGGCCAGCUGGGUGCAGCGAAUGUUUAGCUCCAUCGUGGGUGACACAUCGCUGUUUAACACACGUGAAGGCCGUGCAGGAAAAGUGCACAACUUCAUGCUGGGUCUGAACCUAAACACCAGUGUACCAUUCACACCACGCCAUUCUUUACAGCCACAGCUCUCUGUAGAGGAUGAGGUGGAUGCUGUCACAGAUCCCAACGAGUUUGUUCACAUCUACGAGCCUCUGGAUGUAAGGAGUAAGAAGAUUCACGUGGUGGAUAGUGGGCUGACAUUUAACCUGCCCUACCCCUUAAUCCUGCGACCCCAGCGUGGUGUGGAUCUCAUCAUAUCUUUUGAUUUCUCAGCCAGGCCAAGUGAUUCCAGUCCUCCUUUUAAGGAGCUUUUGUUGGCUGAGAAAUGGGCACGUAUGAACAAGUUGCCUUUCCCUAAGAUCGAUGUGAAGGUGUUCGAUCGUGAGGGUCUGCAGGAAUGUUAUGUGUUCAAGCCCAGGCCAGAAGAGAAACACUGCCCUACUAUUAUCCACUUCGUCCUGGCCAACAUCCACUUCAGGGAGUUCAAGGCUCCCGGAGUUCCCAGGGAGACAGAUAAGGAGAAGGAGUUUGCUGACUUUGACAUAUUUGAUGAUGCUGAGACCCCAUAUUCCACAUUCAACUUCAAGUACUCAAAUCAGGCGUUCAAACAGCUGCACGACCUCAUGGAGUUCAACACGCUCAACAACAUCGAGCUUAUAAAAGACGCCAUCAAAGACAGCAUUCUUCAGAGGCGGAUGAACCCGUCACGCUGCAAUGUAUCGCUUUCGCUCAGUGAGAUUGAAAACAAGAAGUUCCUGAAACGUGGCACAGGCAGCAUAAAGAAGGGCACACCUAACAGAUAAACACAGCAAGUGGAUAAAUCAGUGUCGGCUUCCUGAGAGUAUGGAUGUCGUAUCAAAGUUUGCUGGACAAUAGAUUAAAAUGGAAAUAAGUUAAAACAAGCAUAACUGGAUACACUCUGUUACAAUGCAGUAUUUGAUAGGCAUUUUGACUUUUUUGGAUGCUUUUAGCUUUUGAUAGUAUUGUUUACAAUAACUUGUACCCCUUUUACCACAUUUGUAAAGGUUUUAGCUGUCGUUAACAAAGAGACAGAUUGUGCUGUCUGUAUGUAAAAAAACACGCACAGGGCUUGAUUGUGUGAGAAAUCUCCCCACACUCUAAUGGUCAACACACACACACACACACACACGGACUGAACUGAUUAAGGCUGUAGUGUCACAGUGUCCAAUCUCAUAUACUGUUCACUAUGUAGUGCAUAGUGAUGUCUGAAAACAUAGUUAGUGCACUCACAAAGUGAAAUCCCACAGUACUCCUGUGGUAUGAAUAAGGAAUGGAAGAAUAUCCAUCAUGUACCAAUGCAGUUUGACUUAAAUUUAAAGAAGAGUCUCAAUCCUUUCUGCCAAAAUGUCUUCCCAGUGUUUAUAUGUUGUAGUCUCAGGAAAUAGUGUGUAUUACCCAUAAUGCAAUGCCAUCAUCUUACAAUUAAUCACGAAAAAAAAAAUCGUUGUGUUGUUAGCCUUAUCAUGGUCUUAAAUCCUGUCUACUGCUUAACCUUUUUCUGUUAGAUUGACUGAUGAUUAAUCUACACUUAUGCUUUAAGACAACCAGCUGAUUCACUGCCACGCUUUACAUUUGUUUGUUGAUCCAUUAUAAAGACCUGAGAUUUUAAAGCUAGUCAUAGAUGAAAAGAUAAAAGUACACAGAGACACAUACCUGUCCUUCCACAAGAUGCCUGAAUGGAUAACAAUAGUUGGCAUGACAUUACAGGUUGUGUAGACAGUCUACACACAGCUCCUGACUUCAUGCACACUUUCGGGUAUCAGAAUGACGCCUAGGCAUGAAAUUCAAGUCUACUGUUUUAAUUAGAACAAGAUGUAUUAUUAAUAUAGUGACUUUCCCGCACUUAAAAAGUAAAUGUUCACGAGAGUCACUCUACUCACAGCGACUUUUAUGUUUUUUCUGUGAAAAAUCGAAGGCUCAUAACUCAAGAGCUUAAGACUUAUGUUUAUUUUAUGUCUCUAUGAACUUUAUAGUAAAUUAUACAUUUUAACAGUAUGAAAUAUGAUAAAUCAAUAUGCACUACACAAUGAGAACUGUUUGUCUUCUUGGUUAUGGAAACAGUUAAGUUACCUAGACUAAUCAUUCAUUAUUUCAUUUAUUGACCAACAGUAAAGAAAAAUCUCUUCAGAAAUCAGUAUCAGUCUAUAAGGGACACAUACAUGUGCUGGAUAUGCAUCCUAAAUUAAAGACUGCUAAAAUUUCUGACUGAUUCAAUAGUAUAAUAUUAAAUAUAUCAUUUUAUCCUGAAUACUUAUGUAACUAUUUAAGUUGUUAUACUAUAAUAAAACUUCUGAUAGCA